AUGAGUUUAGCUAAUCUACUUACAGAUAGCGAGGAUGAGCAUGGUGAUGUGGAAAUGGUAGAUAACGAAAAAGCGACGUCGGUGGAUGCAUCUCAUGACGUUAGUUAUCUCAUUACGGAAGGCUCUCUCACGCAUAUAGAGUCUAUAAAACCAUAUUGUCAUGUCCUCCCCAAAUUAAGAAGUUUUUUAUCAAAACUUCGGCAGGAUGAUGAUGACGGGUUUCUUACAGAUGCCAGUAGUUUAUUGGAGCAAAUCAAAGAAGAAAUAGCAGCAUUAUAUACGUUGAUCAAGAUCAACUAUAAGCCUGUGUGGCCAGAUUUGGAUGGAUUGAUAAAGAAUCCAGUGAGCUUUUCACGAGUCAUAAUAACUUUUGGAGAUGAUGUUAGUCAGAUAUUGGGGGAUUCAGACAAAUUGACAGAAUUUCUAGAGAAAGAUGAGAUCCUAGGACUUACUAUGUCUUCUUCUGUGAUGAAGAAAGCCAAUCUGGUUGUAUUAGACAAGCAUCAUAUCGAUCUUGUGAUAGAAGCAUGCGAGUUAUUGGUUGAGUUAGACUCUGAUAGAUGCAAAAUCCAGCAGGACAUCUCUAUAAAGGCUCAUAAAAUAGCUCCUAACGUUACUGCUAUAGUGGGGUCUACUGUAUGUUCACAGUUAUUGGCACAGCAUGGACUUGAAGAACUAUGCAAGACACCUGCGUGUAAUUUGGCAUCUUUGGGAGUGAAUAACUCUUCUUCUGUACACGAUAAGUCUGGGAUGGUGCGAAAUAGAGGUUACUUAUAUGGAAGUGAACUUGUUCAAUCUGUUCCAGAACACCUUAAAAGGAGUGCCAUGCGUCAGGUGGCGGCCAAAGUGGCAUUAGCUUCCCGAGUCGACUUUUCGGGCAGUGACAAUGAUGAAUUUGGGAGGAAAUGGCAUGACGAAAUCGCUUCGAAGUUGGAGAAGUUGAAAGCCCCACCAGAGAGUAUGCGUGUCAAACCAUUAGCCAAACCUGUCGAUCGCAAAUCAACUAAAAGAGGAGGACGUAGGUUCCGAAAACAGAAACAGAAGAUGAAAAUGUCUGAAAUCGAAAAGGCUCGCAAUAGAAUGACAUUUGCACAGAAAGAAGAAGUUGCCAUGGAUGAGUUUGGUGAAGAGAUAGGACUUGGAAUGGUCGGAAAAUUCUCCCAUGGCGGUUCUUAUAGGGCUCUUGCUGCUUCAGACGAUCACAAUCCUCGAUUAACUAAGGAUAUGAAGAAAAGAUUGGAGAAUUUCAAACAUACUGACUCUAAUCGUUCUAUGUUGACGAGAUUAUUAGAGAACAGUGAAUCUACAGGUAGUGCAAAACGGAAAUUAAGUGACGAUGAGGCUUCAAUAAAGAGAAUAAGACGUAGCUAG